UAUCAAUUAUACAAAGCAAACAAUCAAUCAAUAUGAAGAUCUUUCAAGCUGCUGCCCUACUGCUGGCCAUGAUCGCCGCCCUCGCCAGCGCUGAGCCGGUGCCCAAACCUGGCACUGUGCUGAUUCAGACUGACAAUACGCAAUACAUUCGCACCGGUUAAAUUUGAAUUAAUUAAUUAUUUUAAAAUAAAAAACGGAAAUGUUAACAAACUGAACAAAACAAAA